AAGGGCGGGCGUGUGGAUGUCACCCCCACCCCUGGGUGUCUGGUGGGGCUUGAGCGUUGUGGGGGAGAGGUGUUGGCUUGGUCUGGUUCAGCAUGCAUCCGGCACUGACUCAGCAAGCCAACGGGUUGACCCAGCACGACUCAGCGGGGUUGUUCAAUAAAAGGAAGCGAGUUUCUCUCUUCGUGAGCAUUGCUUUGCUGAUCGUCUCCGUGUUAAUAUUGGCUGUGGGAUUGGUUGCAACCACCAGGACCCUGAACGUUUCGGUUGGAGGAUAUUAUCCCGGGGUCAUUCUUGGUUUUGGAUCAUUUCUCGGAAUUAUUGGGUCAAAUCUACUGGAAAACAAAAAGCAGAUGCUGGUGGCAUCAAUCGUGUUCAUCAGUUUUGGUGUAGUGGCGUCUUUCUGUUGUGCCAUUGUUGAUGGUGUAUUCGCUGCCAGACAUAUUGAUAUCCGACCUCUCAAUGCAGGCAGGUGCCAGUAUUAUUCCAGUGGCACCUCAUACCCUUUGGAUGGUUAUAAUACAGAGGUGACUUGCCAGAGUCAGAUGCGUGGUCCGUGCAUCAUGAAAAUCAAGAGUGAUACCUGCUACUGUUGUGAUCUUUAUAACUGCGACAGUCGUGAAAUCUUAGGUGGUUAUUAUGAAUAUAAUGAUGUUGGAAGUUGCCAGGAGGUCAUUCAACUGUACCAUCUACUGUGGUCUUCAACCAUCCUGAAUAUCGUGGGUUUGUUUCUGGGAAUCAUCACAGCAGCAGUCCUCGGAGCCUUUAAAGAUAUGCAGAUACCUGUUACUCCUCCAAUUAUAUGUGCACCUGAGCCCCCACCUCCUCCUAUAAUGUAUGAACCUGGACAUCAGGUGUUGGCCUAUACAGAAUUUUAUCCUGGAUCUCCCCACCUGCCACCCUACAGCCCAUAUGAUAUUCAGCAUCCCGGUUUGUACCCAGACUCCACCCCAUCUGACGAGUCCCAGUCUAUCUCACAGUCUGCUUCAAGUUACAUGUGGCCAACCAAUGCUCCUCCCCGUUACUCCCCUACGUACUAUCCACCAGAUGAGAAGCCACCACCCUACACUCCUUAAGCUCGCCUUAUUCUCACUGCAGGUGCAGACCCCGGUCUUUUCGAAGAACCUCUCGAGUGAGAACACUGUGCAUAUGGACCAUUUUGCAACCUUUCCUUGUGCAUAUCGCUCAUUCACUGUGAUUCACUUUGUACAGGGAAACAUGAGAAUAUUAUUCCGCUGUGGAUUGUUACGGGCAUGUUAGUCUUUAGCUGUUAGAACAUGGUGUGCUAAUUCUCUGCUAGAUCAUAAGCGAUUUUUACACCGGGCCAGGUUUCAAAAUUUAAAAAAAAUUAAAAUAUGGAAUGGCUAAGAUUCCAAAUACAUAAUUUGAAACGAGUAAUCUUAUUUUUAGUUUGUCUUAUAUCAUAAUAUCCUCUGGGAUUUUUUUUUUUGCCGAUUGAAUUUUCAUAAAUAUCUAGGUUACUGUUUCAGUGUCACUCUUAAUGGAAAAAAAAGUGUUAAUCCAAUUUUUACGAAUAAUUAUCAGCCUGUUUACCUCCUCACGGGCUGGUGCGCUCUUGUUGUGUUGUGGGGUUGCAAAUCACAGUUUGGUCUAUCGGAGGGCAGAAGCCAAUUGAAGGUUCAGAAAUGGAAGUCUCUCCUCAUUAUUCCAACACCUCAAUGUUAUUUAUGGAGCUGCUUUGACGGGGAGCAAGUUAUUUCUGGGAUACCAGCUCGUAGGAAAGAUUGCAUUUGAGAAAUUGAGAGGGAAUACUAAUUGGAAUAACUUUCCAUUAGUCACAAAAUAAUGGAUGUGUUACGAGACCAAAUUCUGAAACCGUAAGUAAACCUAGAGAGGUUUGGCAACACAAGCUGACCAAAGACAUUGAGUACACAGGAGAUCUGGGAAGAGGUGCGCUGUUAGAGCCAGGCUUGACUAUCUUCUGAAGAUGAAGCCACUUACAUCGCAAGGCAUAAUUACAGGGAAGAUGAUAAUUCUGAUUAUUCUGAUUCUUACCUCCUCCUUCAGUAAUGGAAGUUACGCAAUAUAGUAUAUACAUUUCUGCAAAGCAUCGUCAAUAUUGCUUCACUGCCAGCUUGGAAUGGGGCUUGAUCCAACUGGGAGAAGACAAAAAUUGUAGCCCGGCCCAAAUCCCUGCUACAUGGGCUGAAGAUACUACUGUUCACAUGGAACUCUAUAAGACUGUUUAACUGAUGGAUAAUUAUGGGACUCAAACUCACAGCCUUCUGGUUAGAGAUUAGUAUGCUGCUUUAGCUAACAGGGCAGCGGUUUCAUGUACUAACCAUCUGAAAAAGCAAAGGACCGCAGUGGUAGAAUGUGACAAGUGUACAUUUUUGUGUGUAAAUAUAUAUGCAUGAAUAUUGUGAAUAUCAUUCUUUAUACAGUAUUUACCCAAAUAUAGUUUCAUAACCAGCAUAAAUAUUUAGAAAUUAGUUAUUUUUCCAGAUGUAUUUUAGAAAUGCAGAUGUUUUUGAAGGCUGUGAAAGGCUAUUUAGCAACCAAAAGAUUGAUCGAUUAAUUAAUUAAUUAAUCAAUUAAUUGCAGAAUAACUGAGUGGUUUAAAUAUCUAUCAGCGAGGCCUCAAAGAGGGAGAGACCAUUUCCACAGUAAAUGCUUCAGUGGCAAUCAGUAAGAGUAACAUUUGAACACAACAGACUCAGUGAGAAAACAUCAUUGAGAGGAGUAGAUAUAGAUGGUGCCCGAAUUCCGUGCGUUGGCUGGAUUCAUUUCAGAAGUUUAUAAGGUGGAAGGCUCCUUUGUUAUUUUUUGAGAAGAGAAAGUGAGUC